CCGCCUUCCGCUGUUGCCCGGGCGCCGGCCGUGAGGGAGCCGCGCGCCCAAACCCCCAAAAACCCCAAAAAAACCCCAAAAACCCCCAAAAAUCCCCCAAAAAACCUCCCGGAACCCCUUUAAACUCUUCUCUCCAUCCCUCCAGGAGCGUCUCGGAGCCGCUGAGACGCGGCCAUGACGCGGCACGGCAAGAACUGCACGGCGGGGGCCGUGUACAGCUACCACGAGAGGAAGAAGGACACAGCCGCCUCGGGUUACGGCACGCAGCGGGUGCGGGUGGGCCGUGACGCCAUCAAGGAUUUCGAUUGUUGCUGCCUCUCCCUGCAGCCCUGCCGGGACCCCGUGGUGACCCCCGACGGGUUCCUGUACGAGCGCGAGGCCAUCGUGAGUUACCUGCUGCACCAGAAAACCAAAAUCGCCCGAGAGACCAAGGUGAGAACCCCAAAAAAUGCCCCAAAAUGCCCCAAAAAUGCAUCCAAAAAUCUCCCACAAAAAUCCCCAAAAAAGUCUCCAAAAUACCUCCAAAAAUCCCCCCAAAAUCUGCUAAAAUUCCAUCCAAAUACCCCAAAAAUACCUCAAAAAAUACCCCAAAAAAUCUCCAAAAAUUCUAUCAAAAUACCCCAAAAAAUCUAAAAAGAUCCCCCCAAAAUCUCCAAAAGUUCCAUCCAAAUACCCCAAAAAUAUCUGAAAAAACCCUUAAAAAAUACUCCC